CGAAUUUUUGUUAAAUCUUUGGCUUUUGUUACGUAUUUAAAUGAAAAUGACUAAGAGCGUUAUAGCGAAGGAUAAUAACGGAAAAUGGCCUACAACUACAAUUUGUCUGCGAGCAUGAAUGUACGGAAUCUUAUGCAAUAAUGUUAGGGUUUGGGUAUACAAAAUUACGUACAUUUUUAUCCUCGGUCAGGCAUAAUCAUUUGCGUCUAGUGGAGACUUGGAAUGUUAAUAGAGAUGAAGGUUGGCAUAUACCACCGGCUUGGGAUCCAGUAAUUAGUCAAAUAAAAUGUCAAUCCAGAUCACACGUACAGUUACCAAAAGAUACAGUUAGUUCAUUCUGCAAAUAUCAAAGGCAGCAAUUCACUUUUUUUGUCGGAGUUUGUUUCGCCAGUUGUUCUCAAAAAAGACUCCCAAAGUUGGAACUGGUGGUAGAUUAUGGUAGUCAGGGGUAAAUAAAUGAGUCAAAUGUAUUAUAAAAUAAUUAAAUUUAACAAAUGUAAACGUUGCCUUAAAACAUAACAUUUUUUGUAUUGUGAAUGUGUCCAAUAAUAUUGAUUUUUGAAGAUAGCUAUACUUCUAAUUACAAUCAACACCUGAGUCUUAAAUGAACACGAAAACUGUAAAAGGUGAGAAACGAAAAAUAAAACUAAAUACAAAUACGAUGAAACCGUUUCAAAGUUGUUUCAUUUAUGAAUAGUGCGCUUGAAAAUAGAAGAAACCAAUACUUAAGGCCAACAUAAAAUAUUAUGAUCUAGUGCAUAGCUUCAAGUAGGCAAGUUGUUUACCAUUGAAUUCGCAAUUUUCACAAUAUCAAUGUAAUAAAUAUAUGCUUUUCGUGAUUUAAAGGAGACAUUUUAAAAUUAUUUUAAUAUUUGGUUAUGAAAUAUUGUCUUCUUGUUUCUUAAUACAGUAAAGUAAUUGCAUAUCCAAGAUCCGCUGACAUAAUAAAUGGUUAUAGAUCAUGUGUUAGGUAUUUCGGUGGUUUUAUUAGCUCUACUUUUAAGUGCUACAUAAGCCCUCGUAAAAAUUGU